AAAUCUGGAACUCCCUGCCUGAAGUCUUCAGAGGUUCCCUAUCUGCCAGUUGCUUCAGAGCUACUGUUAAAAAGCAUUUCAUCUCUUUAAUGCAAUCAAGACAGCAGUACGCUUGUCAGACAAUACCUGUCUUCACUGAAUUAUCUCCUGUUCUUCCAGCAUUCCUUCAACUCCCAUAUAUAAUUGAACCUUUACAAUUCUCCAACAAUUAUGUCAGAUGAAGAAGAGAAAAUCAAUAUUGGUGGAAGCAAGAGCCGUUUACCUGCUCCAUGUAGUCGAAUACCAGCACCUGGAAGCAGGUUACCAGGAGCCCUGGUGAGCAAGGCAUUGGGAUCUGUUGGACGACUACCUCAUCCCACAGCAACAAGACCCUUGGCACCUCUAAAGAUGAAUCAUUCUCAGAAUUCUGAACAAAUGACUGAUCAACAAACCUCACAGAAGCCCAGUAAACCUCUGGGAACCCAAAGAAAUAGAGUGAGCAGAGGAGCUUUGCGAAGUGGUAUGCGUGGUGUGUCAAGAGCUUCUAUAGCAUCCUCGGCAGUGAGCCAUAGAUCCGAGUCUUCAGGGUCAAGCAGAAGAGACUCAGACUCAGUUGAUGAGGAUGGAACAAAGACACCAAUACUGAGUCCACCUCGCAAACCAGCUUCUAGAGGUUACAGUUCUGUCCGAGCAAGAAUCCGAGUUCGUAGAGGAAGGCCUGUGAUGCAAGGCUUUGCCAAUGUUGGUGGUGUAUUUGAUGUGGCUAAAAGUGAAGAUAUACAUCCACAGAUCCUGAAAAUGGCAAGAAAAUCUGGGCAACUAAAUCUGUCAAAUAGAGGAAUGGUUGAAGUGCCUGAUAAGGUGUAUCAUAUUCAUGAGAUGGAUGCGGAAGAGGCAAAGAAGUUGACAAUGAAUAUGACAAUGGAUGGCAAUGAAGAUGACCGCUGGUGGGAGCAAACAGACCUUACCCGGCUUUAUCUUUCAUCAAAUCGUCUUAGCAGCAUAUCUCAGAAGAUAAGCAAUCUCCUUUCUCUUCAGGUUUUAGAUCUUUCAGAUAAUUGUCUGACAACUCUGCCAUCAACUUUUGGGGAACUAACAUGCCUUCACCGCUUGAAUCUUAGUCACAAUCGUCUUGAAGAACUCCCAGCAGGCGUAUUCCUUCUUCCUGAUUUAAGAUCUCUUCAGCUCGACCAUAAUAAUCUCAAGACACUCUCAGAGGACUUGGGAAAUUUGACUGUUCUAGAAUACUUGGAUGUUUCACAUAAUUCCUUGACAGAGCUUCCUUUGAGUAUAGGUUACUUACAGAAGCUUACCAAGUUUAAUGCCUCUGAGAACCAGUUAAAAGAACUUCCACCUGAAAUAGGAGACUGCUUUGCUCUCGGUCAACUUGAUCUGACCCACAACCAGCUGGCACGUCUACCGGACUCCAUUGGCAACCUGCGAAAAUUAGAGCAACUUUAUCUUAGACACAAUAAUAUUCAAGUACUUCCUCCAUUGCACAGCUGUGCUUCUUUGAAGGAGUUACACCUAGGAAAUAAUUACAUUAAGGAGUUGGAUGCUGAGCAACUGAGCUACUUGACUACUAUUAGCGUUCUUGAUCUACGUGACAAUCAGAUUGAUGACCUGCCAGACCAAAUCACACUUCUUCAAGGUCUAGAGCGGCUUGAUAUCACCAAUAAUAAUUUGUCCACGCUGCCAUAUCAUAUUGGGCUUUUACCCCACUUGAAAUCUAUGCCAUUAGAAGGUAAUCCCAUGCGACUCAUUCGUCGAGACAUUGUCCAGCGUGGCACAGUGCAGCUCCUUAAAUAUUUACGCUCAAGAGUAUCAGCACCCAUUAAUACUUUUCCUGGCUUUGAGAAUACUUCAGCAGAUACCAAUUUGCUUCUGGGAAAUAGGUCAAUCCCAGACAAGUACCAAAUGAGGAAUACACAGACAAUGUGUUACAAUGAGAAGGCAACAGAAAUUCCAGAUCUCUUGUUUGAAAAUGCUGCUGAAGCUGAAGUGAGAACUGUUGACCUUAGUAAAAAUCAACUGACUCAAGUUCCAGAUAAGAUGGAAAUGCUGUCAAGGCAUGUAUCAGAAAUCAUGCUGGGACUAAACAAGAUUACAUCUCUCCCAUUAUGGAUUGGAAAUUUUCAACGCUUGCAGUUCCUUGACUUACAAGGAAACCACAUCACCGAUUUGCCUACUAAUAUGGCUGAGUUAUUGUAUUUACGUGAGAUAAAUCUUACAGCCAACAGGUUUGAACAGUUACCAGCUUGCAUUUAUGAGAUGGCUCAGUUAGAAAUACUGUGUGCUGCAGAUAAUCAAAUCAACAUCAUAUAUGUUGAGGGCCUCAGCAAAUUAAAACGUUUGGCAACACUCGAUCUCCACAACAACAACAUAGAUUUUAUACCUCCACCUCUGGGAAACAUGACACAGCUAAGGAGUUUACAACUUCAUGGGAACCCAUUUCGAGUGCCAAGAAGAGCUAUUCUGGACAAAGGAACAUAUGAAAUUCUUGACUAUUUGCGCUCGAGAAUUGUCAGUGAAUAAAUUCAGAUACAGCUGGGCUGCACAAGGUUUUAACUUGAAUAAUCAGAUGAUUAUUUUAAUGUUUACGUACCACAUGCAUGUGAAAAUUUCAAAUUAAGAGAUAAAUACGUUGCUGUGUUAUUAAGUUAGAACUGGUAAGUGACUAAUAAAACAUGGUUAUUCUAGGAUGAAAGCGUCAUGGACACUCAUCCAUGAAAACUUAAAAGCCACUUGGAUCGAGAAAUAAAAUAGGCUAAAGAGAUAUAUAUAUUUCAGCCUCAGUGCGGGUCCUUUAUCAGCAGGAAAGUGUAAAGGUUGCAAGGGUGGGUAUACAUGUGAAGCAUUGCAUGCAACUUGGCUGGAGAUGAGUGAAAGUCAGGUAGCGGUUGGUGAAAAGUUGUCUAGUAUGCCUCAUGUUAAGAUGUACCCUUCAUGGGAGGCACAGCAAUGCUAUUGAAGGACUCUUGAUUCAAGGAAUUGGAGCCACUCUCAACUUUGGAUCCAACCUAAUUGCCUUCCAUUCCCCAGGCAUUGUAUGACCCUGGUAAUUGUGAAUGAAGAAUAGAUGCUAGAAUGUAGUCAUUUGUAACAUACUUGGCAAGAGCCUCUGAUUUCCAUUGUCUUGGUAACAGGACAGACUGGAAGACAUCUAAACACUAGAACUGCCAAACAGAGGAACUACAUGACAAAAUAUCAUGUUCUUGUAAAUGAAGUCAUUGAAGCCACACUAAUCUCUUUUAAAUCCAGCCUUAAUCUGUUACAAGGAAAAAAUGAAAACCAGAUGUUACAACCACUUUUUUUUUUAACACGUCGGCCAUUUCCCACCGAGGCAGGGUGACCCAAAAAGAAAGAAAAAACCAUCAUUCAUCACUUUCACCACCAUAUAUGCUACAAUAUAAUGCAAAUAUCUUGCAUUCCAGCAUCUAAUCUUGAUACACUACUGGGUUUAAUCAGAAAUUUUGCUAAUCUCGGCUCAGGACUUCUAGAGGUGCCAUCCUGGUGUUGUUAACCAAGUGAGGUAGAGGUGGUAUCCAGGGAUCAGAAGCACAUGUCAUUGUGGAAUGACACGUAGUGCCAGUGUUUGGAAGAGAAAAUGUCUUAUAACCAGGUCAUUGCCCAACUCUGCCUACAGGGAAAAAUAAUUAAAGCUGCCUCCUACUCCAGAGCCACCAGAUGCCCCAACACUCAAUAGUACCUUUGUAUACUCACUCUCUCUCUCUUUGUACCCAACUCUUAUACAGCUCUCAAACCUGAUGUUCUGACCUCUUCACUGCUUUCCUUUCCCCACCUAGUCUCUGGCUAUCCCUUUGAUGCUUACACCACAAUGUCAGAGACCUCCAAAACUUGUCAUUUUGAGAUCCAGCAAGAACUCUUACCAUUCCAUUACAAACUCCUUGCAUUGACUAAAUACAAAGACUAAAUAUUUGAGGAAUGAGAGGCAGAUUAGAUUCAUGUCAAGGAAAGGAAUGUUAUGUCCAUUUCCUUGAAUCAGAGUCCCAUUACCAGCAUCAAGGCCACCUCCCUUGAGGGGCCUGAAAGUCUCAAUAAAUCCAGAAACCACGAAUGUUGCUAAAUGCUUUAUAUUCAGUUGAUCUUUUUUCAGAUUUAGAAUCGUGUUGUGCUUCACUUCCCCUUUCAUCAUCCUGUAACUACGAACCACUAUGCACACUGACACUGCAUUAUUAAAUCCAUACCAUUAAACCAUCCACAUCAUUCAUUUCUCACAGUACUGUAUCUUUCUUGAACCAUUUGUUUAUACAGUACUUUGCACUAAACCUUUUUCUUUAGCUAGCAAACUCAUGUGAGCUGCUAUUUCUCAAAAACACACAAAAGCACAGAUCAUUUUUAGCUUAGUACGAAUCAUGUAGCAAUAGUCCUUUCUGCAUCAUAGCAUUGCUGUCCCAACAGCAGCUAUGUUUGUGAGCUAGUGUGACUGAUACAGUCGUGUUCCUAUUGCCAGAUCUGGCAUAGCUGGCAUUAGUCCCUAUGGGCUAUGUACUUACUGCCUAAAAUAAUGUUGAAAUAAAUUUUGUUUAACCUGAAGUGUUUUAAUAGCCUACAUAUAUAUAAUCCAUAAAAUCAAGUGUCAUAUUAACAGGUACUGCUGCAAGACCCUUUUGGGUUUAGAGCAUUGUGAUUUUUUUUUUUUUAAAAGUCGGCUGUCUCCCACCGAGGCAGGGUGACCCAAAAAAGAAAGAAAAUACUUUCAUCAUUCAACACUUUCACCUCACUCACACAAUCACUGUUUUUGCAGAGGUGCUCAGAACACAACAGUUUAGAAGCAUAUAUCUAUAAAGAUACACAACAUAUCCCUCCAAACUGCCAAUACCCCAAACCCCUCCUUUAAAGUGCAGGCAUUGUACUUCCCAUUUCCAGGACUCAAGUCCGACUAUAUGAAAAUAACCGGUUUCCCCGAAUCCCUUCACUAAAUAUUACCUGCUCACACUCCAAACAGAUCGUCAGGUCCCAAGUACCAUUCGUCUCCAUUCACUCCUAUCUAACACGCUCAUGCACGCUUGUUGGAAGUCCAAGCCCCUCGCCCACAAAACCUCCCUUACCCCUUUUUGAGGAUGACCCCUACCCCACCUUCCUUCCCCUACAGAUUUAAAUGCUCUCCAUGUCAUUCUACUUUGAUCCAUUCUCUACUUUUAUUAACUCCACACCUUUUCCCAAUUUCCACACUCCAAAUUAUUUGCAUAUUUACACCACACAUUGCCCUUAGACAGGACAUCUCCACUGCCUCCAACCGCCUCCUCGCUGCUGCAUUCACAACCCAAGCUUCACAUCCAUGUGUGUGUUGGUACUACUAUACUUUCAUACAUUCCCUUCUUUGCCUCCAUAGAUAAUGUUUUUUGUCUCCACAUAUACCUCAAUGCACCACUCACCUUUUUUCCAUCAUCAAUUCUAUGAUUAACCUCAUCCAUAAAUCCAUCCGCAGACACGUCAGCUCCCAAGUAUCUAAAACAUUCACUUCUUCCAUACUACUCCUCCCCAAUUUGAUAUCCAAUUUUUCUUUAUCUAAAUCAUUUGAUACCCUUAUCACCUUACUCUUUUCUAUGUUCACUUUCAACUUUCUACCUUUACACACACUCCCAAACUUGUCCAUUAAUUGUAUAGUAUAGUAUUGUAUAGUAUUUAUUAGAAAUAGUCAAAUCAAGGAAAUUUUCUU